GCUAAAUACCAGCUCGCAUAUUUAUAUGGGAUUACAUACACAUUUACAGUGACUAAAUCAUCGCAAAGGAGAGCUGUCUCAUCUGGAGUGCUCAGACUGGAAACAAAAAACCCUGGAUUUUGAGAUUUUGGCGCUACAUUUAUUGCACUUCGGGUCCAAUUUGGAGACAUUUGAUAUUAAAUCAGGAAUAUAUUGUCAACAUUUGAAAACUCACAUUAUCUGAAAGAUGUUCCCCUGGUCAGUAGUGUUCUCCCUGGAGCCGAAGGUUCCCGGACAGCGCACUCCAGAAGAGCUGGUGACCAACACUUUGAUGCUGGAGCUGGGUGCCAUGGUGAAACGGACCGAGCGGAUCCGGCUGGAGAAGGCAGCGGAGGUGCGCAGACGCCGAAACUCUUCCUCUGCAGACUACAGCUGGCUGGCCGGCCCUCAGCCUCGGGCCCCCUACGAGCUCACGCCAGGAGAGGUUCUGGAACUGCAGGAGCUUUGUGCCCAGAUCCCACCUCAACAGUGCGGGCCGGUCAUUGUCAGGUUCCGGAAACUAGUGUCAGAGUUUGAGCCGGAUGUGACCGAGGUCCCCAAACUGUUUCGGGGCGUCCUACAAAACUGCCUGGAUGAGCUUCAGGGAGAUGCAGAAAUCCAGAAUCGGAUGAACCGUUGGGAAAAACAGCGCAGCAAGAGCCUUUCCUUUGUCACUUUCCGGUCCAAGUUCCGCACCCUAAACCACGGCAAGGGAAGCUUCGGUGGUUCCCGCAACAACCUGCAAGAGGAGAACACAUGGUCUGAUGAGGAGGAGGAGGCAGCCGAGCAGGUGGUAACCGCCCUGCGCGCACGCAAGGGACGAAGUCACAGCAUGCCAGAGAUCACCCCUCUUGAGCAGCCCACACAGAGCUGAACACCAGGAAGACCAGAUGAAUAGAAAGACAGAGGAAAGCGAUUUGAAAAGAAAUGCAGCCUGCAAGCUAAGCUGGUGAUGGAGGAGGAAGAAAAGAGAAAGUGGCAGAGAACAAGAGAAGAGAAGACAAAUCUGAUUCUAGGAAACAUCUUGAAAGACCAAAGUUUGUGCUAUCAGAUUGUAAAACAAACACUGUUAAUUUGUUAAUUACACCAAAGAACACCAGUAUAGGCAUAUAUAAGAAGCCUAUAGCCUAGUCUUUUUUUUUUUUACCUUCUAAUGUGUUCUUAAAUAUUUUGAAUAUUUGGAUGUG